GCCUUAUCAUGCAGUGACUUAAAGAACGGCGACCCUACAGCAUCAAGUGGAAAUUACGUCAUUGAUCCAGAUGGCGAGGGAGGCCUGGUGCCAUUCACAGUAUACUGUGACAUGACUGACAAGAAUGGAGUUGGAGUGACAGUUAUCAGUCACGACAGUGAGAGCAGGACACAUGUGAAAGGAUGUGAAGGGGCAGGAUGCUACUCACGCAACAUUCAUUACACUGGAGCGAGUCUGUUUCAUCUGGCCAGUCUUACCAGUGUCUCCUCAUACUGCACGCAGUUUAUCAAGUAUGAGUGUCAUAGAUCAAAGUUACUGAGAACUGGACAAGGAUGGUGGGUGUCACGUGAUUAUUCUAAGAUGACAUACUGGGGAGGAGCAUUACCUGGCAGUGGUAAGUGCGCAUGCGGGAUGAACAACACGUGUGCAGACCCCAAAUAUGGCUGUAACUGUGAUGCUAAUGACAAAGCACGGCGUGAAGACAGCGGUCUUCUCACUGACAAGACAAAGCUUCCAGUAACACAGCUCUUUUUUGGUGAUAAUGGUGGUGAUAAGGAGCACGGCAACCACACCCUGGGAAAAUUCAAGUGUUAUGGUACAGCAUAAUCACUUGGGUAAUCACACACACAAAGAAACUUGUUAUUACCAGAAUUAAUUGUUAUUUGGUGUCAUGUGGAAUGUUAAAAGAAACCUGUAAAAUGUAGGCAAGUGCUGUUCAGGGUCAUUUCAACAAAACCUUUACAAGAAUAGUUUACAAGCUUUCGGACUCUUAAUAGCUACUCUUGACAAACAAAGCACAUGUUAGAUGACCAUCCGGAGCACUCUCUAGGAGGGGGUUUUCCUUGACAGUUCGGCAUGCUUCCCGAAACCUUGAUCCUAUCUCAGACUAAAAUCCCAAAUGGGGGUACUCCUGGGAAUUCUUGGUGGAAGUGUGCCGCCCAGUUCUCCAAAUCCUGACCCUACUUCAGAACAAAAAAUGUAAUUUUCCACACCCGUUUUCAGACUAGAUCUCUAAAAUCCACACCCGUUUUCAGACCUGGCCUUUAGGCAGAAAUUAUGUUAUCAUUACUUAAAUUAGAGUGCAAACAAAAAGUCUUCCAAGCCAUUUCAAAUUCGCAUAGUUCUCUUUCUUUCUUACUCAUUUGGAAUUGAAACGAUAAUUCCUUCAUACACUCCCGUAGUUCCCUCAAAAACCAUACCGUUUUCAGACCAAAAUGGCGCAAAAACCCUACCCGAUCGGGCGACACAUACCUGCAUAGCCUAUAUAGAGGAGUACCCCCCGGGACAAAAAUAUGUGAUUUUUUUCUACCCUUUUUCAUAACUGAUUCGCUGUUCUCAAGUGAAAACAAAACUUUCCUCUGUUUGAGACCAUAGCGCUUAAAACAUAACUUCAGAGCAGAAGGAUUCAAGACUAUUCUCCUUGGCGCCUCACAUACUAUACAUAGCUAAGGGAGAAUAUUUUUGCGUGUGUGUAGCGACAUGUAUGAUUCACAUUACGGAACCGAAUGAUAGAGCCGACGGUUCAGGUUGUUUUAUAAAAAACGGUGUUUUGCUUAGCUAACUUUCUUGCCCAGGCAUGCAAAUAAAAAAGGAAAGACUAGAAAAGUGUAGGGAAAUCACAGCUUUGACGCUGUGAAAAGAAAUGAAACCAAUUAAAGAGAAGUUGUGUCUGAACCUAGCUACACCGCGCACGUGCUUUAUCGUACAUAAAACUUGUAUUUUUUUUCUUUUUAUUAACCAGCUUCGUUAAGAAAAGAAGGGUUGAAGUUAAUAUUUGAUAAGUGGUUUCUUUCAUCAAGGAAAAACUUGUCACUUUACACAAGAUUAUUAACAUACCAGUAACUAGGGUUAUAGUUUUCUGUGCUUUAAAGUUACACAUGAUAAGAAAGAACACCAGCAACAGACUUCGCAAGUUUUCGCCUUUUUAUGGCCAGGUUGACUGAUUUGUAGACUUAUAAGUACAUGUGUUAUAGAGACGAAGACUAACUUCAAGUAAAAUGUAUUUAGAUAUAUUGAAGCUCGCAUCCUACACUUAACCCGGGGGGUACUUGGGUUAAUUUUGAGUAAGUGCCGCUGGCCUCUCAGAGUAGUACAGUCUAUUCUGUGGCCAAUUAUAGACCCCAUCUUAGUCACUUUUGGGCAAACGUAAUUUUCGCGAUCCCAACUUAGUUACUCUCUAUUUAUGUAUCAAUCCUUUUUGAAAAUAGGUCAUCCUAAAAUGAAUUGACUCAGUUUUUAAAUUCAAUGAAGAACUCUUUACUUUUCACCUACAAUACAAACAUUCUGGUACGUUUUCUAACCGUAAAUAUGAAGAACUUUCUCAGCCCCAAAAUCCCAAAAUGUGCGACCCCAUUCUAGUAACCUUAUUGAAAAUGCCAUCCCAUUAUAGUCAAUCCAGAUGUGAAAAUGCAACCCCAUCCAGCGGCACAUCCCCAUUAGCCCGUUAUAAGGGAGUAUCCUCCUCCGGGACACUUAAGUCACAUUAAAGGUUAUAAAAAAAUUUAUUAACACAAAACGCAGUAACAGGAGAUAAAAGCUGACUUCUGCAUAUACUUCAAGUCAGUAUUAACUUCAUAUUUUUAUUGUUUAUUGAUGUUCCUUUUUUAUUUCAGUAUCGUUUUAGGCUAACGUGCAGUCGACGAGAAACAAUAGCAGUGUUGAUAAGGAACUUAUUUUGAAUUAAAAGUAGAUGUUUAGAAACGUGUUUAACUUUGGUUUAAAUGGGGAAACAAGGAUAAAGACUUUUGAGUAGCGAUAUAAUUAACAUUUCCAAGUUUGAAUAGCGGUGGCUGAAUAAGCUGGUCUACCUGAUUUGUACUAUAAGGACGCGUUGCGCACGUAAUCUAGUACGUAUACAACCAUCAUAGUUUUGUUGUUUCUGUUUCUAUAUAUCAUGGCUUGCUAGCUGGGUAGCCCAGAUGCUAUGAGCUACUCGGUUGAACAUCUUAUGAGUGCUUGAGACAAACCAUUAGGUUGCACAUCGCCGUAAGUGGCUCCGUAAAGCCAGUUUGUGUCUGAUAAGUAAACGUCAUAUGUAGAACUAUUAGGUAAAAAUAAAAUCUCCUCUAGGGAGCAUUCAAGUGAUCGAACGUAAUAUGAAUCAGAGGGGUCUCUCCCCCAUAAUGUGUACCUCUCUUAAUAAUUAGAUAAUAUCAGACAAGCUAGUACAAUAGACCUUUUUUAAAUCUCUUUUUCAAAACGCACCUCUUUAAGCAAAGUACUUCUACUUAAAUAUUAACAAUAAAUUUUUUCCGUGAUUGUAUUUGGUGCUUUCUGUGUUUUCUGUUUUUUUGUUUGUUUAUUUCCCUUACGUAUUUAAUGCUGUUUGUAAGGCGCCAUUGCGCUUUUAGUUUUGGGCACUAUCGAUAUUAUUAUAUUUAUCAUGAUCAAAAGUAUGUUGAGCACGAUUGUCCGGAUAAACGUAGUCCUGAAGAUAGGACUGUUGUUUACAGUGACUGACGUUUCACUGUGGUAGUCAUCUUCAGAGUCAAAGUAAGUUCUAUCGCGUCAGUUAAUGGUAGUAAACUCUGGCUUUUGGCCCUAUUGGUCAAUUAAGCCGCGACGGUGUUGAUUGUCUGUAGGUUAAGCCGUGAUGUUAUUGGCUAUGAAGAGAAGAGAGAGCCUAGGGACGAGAUUGCUGAGACAGCCUCUCCAAUAGCAACUCCAAGAAAGUCGCCACAUUUGAAACGAUAAGACUCUGGGAUGUAGUCACUGUUGAAAUCGAGACCUCGGCCUAGGCGUUUGAAUGGUAACUGCGCAUGCGGAAUGAACAACUCAUGCGCAAAUCCUUGUUUUGGUUGUAACUGUGAUGCGAAUGACUAUGAAUGGCGUGAGGACAGCGGUCUCCUCACUGACAAAACAAAGCUUUCAGUGAUACAGCGCGUGCAUGGUGAUGCAGGGAGAGACAACCAAGGAUAUAUACCACACUCUUGGAAAACUGAAUUGUUAUGGCACAGCAUAAAAGCUAAGUUGUUUUAAUCAGUGAAAAUAAAUCACGCACUUGUCAACUUCAUUUAUAGGCGGUUCGUUUGUUCUUAUAAUCCACGUGCACUUUUAUGGAGCGACGUUAAAUUCUGUAAGGCUUUCAUGGUACCAAACUUAAGAAAUUGUCCGAUUUGGCUCUUCUGUGCGGCUCGAAAUAAAGACAAGCUGGAGAAACUUAACAGAAGGACUCUCAAGAUCGUUAAGAACUCUUUGCACUACUAGGAUACCGUAGAAUCCCGGUUAUAAGCCCUGGGCUUAUACAAUUUCGUAAGGGUUUUUGGGUGGGCCUAUAAUCGGGGGGGCUUAUAACCCGGGGGGCUUAUAAUAGGGAGGAAAAAAACGUCUAAAAUCCGUUCUAUUAAAAUGAAAAUUUUAAUCAUGUAUACGGUACCCGGUAUAACAGGGGUAUAACCGGGAGGAAAUUUCUAUUAGCAGAGAGGUGGGCUUAUAAUCGGGUGGGCUUAUAACCGGGGGGGCUUAUAACCGGGAGGAAAUUUCUAUUAGCAGAGAGGUGGGCUUAUAAUCGGGGGGGCUUAUAACCGGGGGGGCUUAUAACCGGGAUUCUACGGUAUUUAAAUCAGAUAAACUGCAAGGAUUUAUAUAACACCAGAUGCCAAGAUAUGUUUAAGCAUAGUUUUAAGGCAAUCCAUAUUGACACGAUGCCAAUCGUGGAGCGAUUCAGUUCACGCAACAAUAGCGAUUCAGUUCACGCUCCAGCUAUGCUUCUAGCUCGACUGUAAGUACAAUGUCCCGAGAACAACAGCCAUUCUGCGCGAUAAUCUGUUUUACGUCACCCUAAGAAAUCUCUUGCUUGGGGGCGUGAAUAAACGAAUGUCAUCAUUUUAUUACUCAACGACUCCAUGUGGCCCCUGAUCAAGCAUAUCGAGAUUUUUUCUUUAGUGGCUGACUGCAUAUUUCAACUGUAAGUACUUUUCUAAAUACACGCGCAGCUACAAGCAUGUCUCCUCGGGAUCUCGCCCAGCGAGGGCAAUGAAUUGUGCAUGGGAUUUUAGCCAAUCAGAAACAGAAAAAUAUUUUGACUGGAUAAUAAUAAUAAUAUUUAUUUCAAGGAGAUUUUUCGUUAUCGCAAUACAAUGGAUUUUUAUAGCUUAAUUUUUUAUUCCGGAACACGAUCAACGGAACGCGCACCCUUAGAAGUCAAUUUAUCAGACACUAAGUAGGGCGAAGAAAAGGAGAUCGAACACCUUGGUUCUUGUUUCGAUUUUAAGUAAACAGGGCCGGAUUUCCUUCGGAGUGUCUCGACAUUUUUGUAACUGGUUAUGGAUGAGAUAAGAGCCUGGAUUCAGUUGCAUACAAUUAGAGACCUUUAGAUGCUAAGACAAGAAUGACUAAGAGAACGAGAUUGUUACAAUACUGAGGGAGCUUAAGCAACUACGACGACGACGACGACAAGAACGUCAAAAAAAAAAUUGGUUUACUGAUCAAAACAACAGCUCUGCACGUGCACCACGCUUUUUAGUACAAUUCUUUUUUACUUUCACUGCACGAUUACGACGUGAAACCUCUUAAUUUGACGUUUUAUGCAUGGAGGACGUGGACAUACGACGACGAAUUUUGCUUCCUCUUUUUGAUCCCGAAUAAAAUCCUUAAGAAUUCAACUCCAGGAAACGUCUCCUGCAUUUGACAAAUUGAGCGGGUCCAAAUAGACUUGAUUAAGUUUGAAAGAACGCAAAUUCAUUUUUUAGCCAAGUUUUCACUGCCGUUGUCGUCGUAGUUGCUUAAGGUCCCUAAUACUAAGUACUGCACACGGCUCAACCAGCGUCAUUUUGGCGGGAAAAAGAGAAAGCCGUCGUCAUUCUACUACGAGUUUUGUCGCAAGAAUGUCGUAGUGGUGGAAACAAGUUAUCAAAAGUUGGUCACGUUUAUUAUCAUUUUACGAUCGGGAGAGGGCUUAACCUCCUUUAAUAAACAUAACCUUGCUUACUUUUCUGGUGAAACAAAAAGUACAAUAAAGCUUUCCUGCCGGGGUGUCCAUUUUUUAGAAGAGGCGAAAAAACCUUAUGUUAAAUCUCGUCAUCGUAGUUGACCUCGUCCUCGAAUCUUAAGGUAUUGAUAACAAGUGUAAGCUCUUUCUAAUAAACGUCCAAUCAAACAAUUCAACGAAAUACCCCUUACUCUGUACGUAUCUCAUUUUUCAAACCGCAGACCUUUUUUGUCUUGAGGCAAAGAAUUGAAAAGUUUACCAACAUCUUAAAAACAUAAGUUCAGUUCGGAUGGCUCAGUUAAAAAAAUUAAAUGAGUAGUGCAUACCCUUCAUUAAUGGAUAAAAUCUUGGCGGGAAUUGAAUUCAACGGUUGUCCUAAAGAACUGGUCGAAACUGCAGUUUUCACAGGAAGGAGAAGAUGAUUUUUACCACGCGGGUUAGAAGAAAUUUGAAAAGAAGAUGAGAGUUGAGCAUUUACUAAUUUUGCUGAGUAACAAUCAAUAAAGGCUUCCCGACAAAUGUUUUCAUUAUUAUCCAAAAUAUUCUGUCCAAUUAAGAAAGUUAGGUUUGAGGCGACCUCAUCCUUAAUAACCCAGAUAUCGAUGACACCAGGGAAGUUAAAUGCGAAAAUUAAACCUCAGAAAAUCAUAGGGAUUUUAUUAGGAAAGCUUCGAAAAUUCUACAUGAGUGGAACGGUCAUCUAGAAAUAUUUAGCCGUCGUUAAACGGCAAUUUGCUUGCGAACAGAUGUUUUACAGCAAUGUUUGUCUGUAUCGGCGCUGUUCAGUCUGGUGUUUGCCUUUGGGAAGCUUGGCUGAACUACACACAGAGUUUAUAGUAGGUAGUAGCAAAUAGGAAUUUUAACUAUGUUAAGUCUAAAAAACACUUUACAGACGCACUCUUCACUGAUUGGAACCAUUUUCUUUACCCCAGUAUAGUAAAAUAGAUUAAAAAGAACCUCGAUAUUGCGAAACUUCGUUAACGGCUAUUGUUACAGCAACCAAAUUUUGCCAGUCCCUUAGCCUUUGUUAUAUGGAGAUUCCACUUUACUUGAAAAUAACGGCAAAACCGUUUGUAAGUUUCUCAACACGGUGAUGCCAAAAACCCUGCAGGGGUAUCUAAAGGGAGCUUUCUAUAAAUUGGACUCGUACCAUUAUACUCCUCAUUUCUUUUUUUCUCUGUCUUUAUUUGCUGGUUGCGGUAGGGAAGAACAGUUCGAUGAUAUCCACGCUGGAAUAAAUCAAAAAUUACUUGCACGUAAAACUAGCGUUUAAUUAUAACGAACUGUAGAAUUUUCCUGUUCCCAAACAAACUCUAUCAUUCAUUUAAACGAUGUUCGGAUGUUAAGUCCGACGGGCAAUUUUUUGGCAUUCUUUGUUUGGCAACUUUCCAUUGGUCAAUUUAGCUUGGAAUUGUUCCAAUAUAACUAAUUAAUAGCACAGGAAAUUCAUUUACGAUAUUGAUAACAUAACUAAGAUAGUAGGCACGUUCUGAUUGGUUAAAAACCUAUGGUUUAUUGCGCCGGUUAACUCAUAGUUUACUUAACGUUAUUUUAUAAAAGCAAUAGACCACACUUUCUAUGGGUUUACCAGCGUGAUACCCACCUGUCUAUUACUUGAAUAAAUUAUACUCACUCAAGCUUAUUCAUGGAAGCUUAUUCCGCGCAAUGCACUGUAAAUAAACAAGGUAUUGGCGCAAAACGAGGGACUACUCGUAUACUACAAAAUAUCGGCACAACUCGGAAAGAGGAGUACAUUAACCUAUAGAGACCGAAACACGGUUAAAAAAAGCGACGAAAACGGCGAAGCCGCAAUAACCUCGAUCAACUGUCAAUAACUUAAGUUUUGAAAACUUAAGUUUCUUUCUUUUUUUUAAGUUUCUUAAGUUUUGAAAACAACUAAGUAAGCGUAAUAGAAAGCUUUCGUUACGCUUUUGCAGAAAUUGAUAUUCUUACUGUUGCAUUUUAUAACACCGAAAGACGAUAGUCUAAACAGGGGAAACCGCCAACCGUGAAACCCAUUUUAAUCUGGCAAAUUAUACACUUCUUGAGUCAAAAAGUUUAAAAAAACUAGAUAAUUAAACUAUAAGAAAUUGGACGUCCAGAUGUUUCAAAACUGGUGCUAUCCCGGAUGUAUUUUGGAACCUUCUAAACUAAAGCCUGACAGGGAUCGGUUAUUUUUCAACGGGUCUUCAUUAUGGCGGGUCGUUGUUUUCUUGGGUUGGGACUCUUGCUGGUUUGUGUUUUUUGGGGCGCUUGGCUGAGCCACAUCACAACUGCUCAAGUAGGUAAGGAGAAAACUAACAACAAGGGUAGACGUUACAAAUAUCGUCAUUGUUAGAUCCUGAAUUACACACAUUUUUUCAAUUAAACUAUUCGGUCACCUACUCGCUGACCCUCAGCCCGAGCGAGUUAUAUGCCACGUGCAAUUGUGUAACUGUAUGUAAGCAUUGUUAUUUUUUACGCAAUCGUGGCAUACUUUCCCAUUUUUGUAAGAACUGACGCGAUACUCGGCAACUCGGGUAACUAGCGCACAUUGCAUGAUAAAGAUGGCUUAAACCCAAUUGAAUUGCUGUUUUCCAUCUAAGUCUAAUUCCUGCCUUCAGCUGCAUGCCGGGAAACUGAGGCGAAAACUAAAUCUGGAGCUUCAAGCACUCAUUGAAAAAAGUGAGUAAUGCUUUAUUAUCCGAUCGUUUUCCGCUCGUGGGUAUCAUAUGCUGAAUAUUGCAUUAAUGUGCUUCUCUUCAAUUAGAUUUUAUUUUGGUUUUUGGACUCACCUGCAUGGUUUAGAGCAUACAAUACAAUACAAUACUUUUUUAUUAACUCUCCCCGAGGGCUUUUCAGAAUUAAUUUACAAUAUGUAUAAAUAAUACAACUAAGACUAAUGAUAUACAGGUUCUUGAUAUAUAAAUAACAACUCAAAAAUUACUACUUCUAAUAAUAACUAACAAUGUAAUAAUGUACUAUGGUAUAUAUACCGGUAUCCUAUUUCUUCAUUAAUUCUGCCUUUGCAUGCUUUUUAAAUGAUUUUAAUGAUCGGGCAGUUCUAGUGUUGUUACUGAGACUAUACCACGCUUUUGCUGCCCUAUAAAAGAAGCUACUCUGGGCAGCCGCUGCGGCUGUCCGGCAUCCUGGCAGGUUUAGAUCUUCACUGUUCCGGAGAUUGUAAGCGUGCGCAUUGGAUCGCUUUCCUAUUUUACAGCUAAUAAUUGUUAACACAUUUGUACAUCAUUGUCACGUCCCGCAACCAAACAUGAUGAACCUUUAACACGAUCAGCCUUUAACAUGAUGAACGCAUGAAUUCUGUUAUACAAUCUUAGGACGCUAAACCUAACUUUAACUUCUUUUUUUAAUUACUGAUUAUUAGUGUGUAUGCUUAGAUCUUUUUUUAUGCUUAAAUAUAUUUGAACGUCUAUUUGCCUAAUUUUCUCGGACUCUGGCUCUCGUUACCAACUCUGUUUUUAUACUCCCAAUGAUGCAAGUUUAAUCUAGCUCCAUUAGGCAAUGUCUAGUCUUAAUUUGGUAUAUGUUAAUUAGACAUGUUCUAGACAAAACAGUCUAACUGCUCAAGGUCAGUCAAGGAUCAAUUGUCGUCUAUAGCCUUCAAUUAGCUAGUUAAAUUCAUUUUCGCACACUCAGCAAACAGCGAAUAGAACAGAUCUCAUAAUAGUUUUCUUGAACCAAUAAUCGAAUAACAUAGAGAAGUUCGUUGCCGCCAAAAUCGUUGGAGAUUCUUGGCUGUUUAUACUUAAGAUGCAGUGUCGAUCUUAUAAUGAAGAGGCAACUGACCUUAGAGUAAGAACAAAGUCGUCCUUGACCAAAGUGUUACAAAGUUAUCCUUGAAUUAACGGGUACAUAGCUAAAAAUCACCUAAAAGCUCAAAAAACAACCACCUCUUUUUUGCUUGGCACAAGAAAUAAUGAAGCAUGAAAACACUUCUUGGGAGAAGAACCUCUCGGCAGUUGUCUCGGCGGGACCGCCAAACGGCCCAACGAAAAAGGCCAUUAUUAAUCUUUUCCAUCAAGGGCAAUAAUCAUUUGCCUUUUAUCCAACACUGAAUGGAGUCUAUAGAGUCUUGCAAAAGUUUGUCCAACACUGACUUAACUGAGUUAAGUAUAAAGUCUCGAGGAAACUUAAAGCUUGUCGAGAGACUUGCAAAUUAAAUCGAUGAGAUGGUCUUAUAUCAUAGGGAGACGUAAUAUACUACGUCUAUACUACGUCUAUACUGAACGUCUAUUUGCCUAAUUUUCUCGGACUCUGGCUCUCGUUACCACCUCUGUUUUUAUACUCCCAAUGAUGCAAGUUUAAUCUAGCCCCGUUAGGCAAUGUCUAGUCUUAAUUUAAAACUAAAACUUAAAGCUUGUCGAGAGACUUGCAAAUUAAAUCGAUGAGAUGGUCUUAUAUCAUAGGGAGACGUAAUAUACUACACCCUCUAGAGAGCCAAAAUGGACUGUCUGUAGAAAGAGAGACCUUUGCUUUAGCACUUUCAGCGACCAAAGGACACUCCUUCGAGAACUCGGUGUGGCGCGAAGAAACUUGUGAAUCCACCCAACAGUGUGCACAAAUGUGCCGCAACAAGAACCGAUGGCUGCAAUUAUUUACGCUCAUCACGUAGAGUGAUCUUCGGCUUCUCAACUUAACAGACACCAUGCUGAUAAUAGACAAAUUUCAAUAAGGGCGUCACAAAUUGGAAAUAAAGCAAUCAAGAGCGAGGUUUUCCGAACUGUUAUAUGUUCGGUAUACAUGUCGUUAGGAAGUCAUUGAUUCCAACUUGCUGAAAAUUGUUUUUGGAAAAGAAGUCAAUUAGGAGCCGGAUAAUAGGACAAUCACAUGACUUUGGAGAGCAUAUAGUUUAUUUGUGUCCCUCUUAGCAUCAUUAAGCGCUUAGAACAGCGAUGUAUAAGCGCUAUAUAAAUUCCAUUAUUAUUAUUAUUAUUAUUAUUAUUAUUAUUAUUAUUAUUAUUUGCGCCCAAGCGGAGCGAGGGUGCAGUGAUGCUACGAGGGACACAAAUAAACUAUAUGUCCAACAAAAGUUAUGUGAUUAUCAUUAUUAUCAAUACACAAGACCAAAUCGUACAAAGUUUAUUUCGUAAGGAAAGACUGUUAACAUGAAAUUGUGUUGCGGGCUGCAAAUUCCAUCUACAUGGGCAAAGAUUGGCCUGACCAAUGAUUGAAGUACCCCCGGCCAACAGAAUUCCACAAGACCAGUAUGAUUAGAGCCUCCGUCGCAAUUGGCGUAUGAACAACAACAGCUUAUAAAAUGCUAAUAUAACUUGCAAAAGGUGUAGCAACAAGAAAUUUGAAGAGGAUCUAUCAUGGCUUCACAAUUUGCAUCAAUUUGUUUCCAGACAGGAGGGACUUUGUUUCCUGGACUCCUGGAUGAUUCUCUUGCCAUGUAGGCUAUCCAAGUUUGGUUAAGAGUCAGACACCUUACCCUGCGAGAAAGCAGAGGUUUCUCUCUGGCAUGGCUUUUAACCUUUACGAAGUCGUUCGCGUCUCUUGGCGUCACAUAGUUAGUUUAUUUGUUUUGGGAUCUGUUAAAGGAAUUUUGCUAUAUAGGCUGCCAAGCGAACAUAUAUGGUCUAUUGAGGCUGGUCAGUAAAACGUACAAAGUGUAAAGUACCGGUCAAAGGAUUUGACCAAUUCGGUAGCUCAGUCACCUUAAUUUAUAAAACCAACAAACUGAGUCAACAGGUCAAUUAGCAGAGAGUUAAUUAUGUGCUAAAAAAGGCUACAUAAGGUAAAUAUCUUCAAACUCAAGUAAAGUACAUAUUACGUUUUGCGGUCAAGGUAGUCCAGCAGAUCGGAUUGCACACAGUUUACUACUGGAUCGAAAUGUUACAGCAAAAAUACAACUGAAUUUUUAAGAGGUUGCAGGUCCCUUCAAUUAAGACGCAUUUCAGAAUUGUGCGGUCUUUGUUGUUAUGUCGGAAAAACGGAUCCCUGAUCCCCUUCCUGAUCCCAUGGCUUGUGAUCCCAGAUCCUGGCGCUGUGAUCUCUGAUCCCUUCCCAUUUUUGCUGUUGAUCCCUGAUCCCAUAUACCUUGUUAUUACCCUGAGCGUCUAUAAAAUGAGGUUGAGUGAAGAAGAAACGCUAUAAGAAUUUUUGAGACUCAAUGUGUUGGGAAUGUGCAACAGGACGGAAGAGGAAAGAAGACGGCAAACCUUGUGUGACAAAUUUUCUUUGAAAAAACUUUUUCUGAAAGAAAUAAAUGGUUUUAUACUUAAUGUAUCUUUUUGUAAAAGACCAGAAAACAUUAAUGUUAAGUUCACGACAAACAAGCAAUUAAUAGCCCUGUCACGUUUGUCACACAAGCGUUUUACCGUCCUCUUCUCCCUAUCGUCCUGUUACGUAAACUCACUAAUCUCUGCAGAAGAAAACGGCUGGGCAACUAUACGAGCGCGUAGGCUCACAGGAUAAUAUCGCGACGGAGAUUGUGAGACAAGAGAUUCCAAACAUGUAAACGAAUCACCCCAAAUUGCCCGACCACAUUCAAUCUCAAAAAUGACCGCAGUGUACAACUCGCGUACCGAAGGCCUUUAGAGUACUUGAUUGCCUGAUACAUCAAAAUAAUGCAGGCGCGAAGUCCCUAGCCUGAAUUUCAUCCGAUUACUUGGAGUCGUUAUUACUCCCUGAGAGGACAAAACGACUCGAAGCAAUUGGAUGAAAUUCAGGCUACGAAGCCCCAGGAAUGAAAGGAAAGGGCGACGCAAAAUGGCGGCGAAUCCGGCAAAAAAAUUUAACCAGUGUCAGGUCAUCAUAUAUUUUAUGAAUUUUGAAACGUACGCUAAACUAUGAUGGUUAUGUGGCCAUAACUGAGGGGCAAGCAUUCGACUUGAGUUUAAAGGGGCUGUGUCACGGCAGUCCAGUUCAUUUUGUUGAAUUUUGCCAAUUUAAUACUCGCCCUCAAUCGCUAUGGAACUUAAAGUAAGGGCCAAGUCGCACUAGAGGACAAAACUGUUUAUUUAUGUCAAAAAUCUGUCAAAAUCUGUCAUCACAAUGAAAAACCAAGUGCGACCGGUUUGUUCACCAAAGGACAAAAUUUGGUCGCGGGCGGACAAACUUCAAAGAUGCCGUCGACUAUCUCUGGAGCAGGCCAAAUUGAGACAAAUUUUGGAAAACAAUAGCGAGGGUGUUUUAAUUCGGAAAUGAUUUGACAGGUGAUAUGUAGCAGAGUCUCUAUGCUAUAGACUUCGCGGCAAAAUUGGUCACGUUCUCAUUUCGCAACAACAUGAAUCCAGGCGCGGGCAACCAAUACUUUCCGUAUGAAAUGGGGCAACAAUAUCCUCAAUAUCCACCAGGAUGGAUAUAUCCGUUGCCUAGCACUUACAAUUUUAAUGAUCGAGGAACUCCAAGCCCAUCUCCUUCAACCGCAAGUUCUGGCUCGUUGUCAGAAUCCUUUCCGUUCGUCGAAGACGGCUCAAUGCCGGAAUCAUCCCAAACUUCUUCGCGCCGUACAUCUUCCGAGAACAAGAAGGCCCAGGAACGAUGGACUAAAGAUGAGGAAAAACUGUUAGUCCAACUAUGGGCUGAAAAACACGAUCUGUUGGAAAGCAGAGAGUGCAGGAAAACGUGGGCCUGGAUCGCGGGAAAUUGCGUGACGCUCACAGCAUGGUGUGAUGUUUUGUUCACAGAUUUUGUUCUCAAGUGCGACUGUAGCUUUCCGGACAAAUUUUUUGUCACUGGCCGAUUUCAAGUCAGAUUUGUCCUGGACAAAUCUGAAAUUGUCCUCUAGUGCGACUUGGCCCUAAGCAAAGAAAUUACAGGUAAAUGACAAAAUCAGAGAUCUGAGACAAACAAAUAUGUCUCCUGAGCAUUAUUUCUGAAGUUGCAAGCAGCAGGGAUCAACUUUGAAAAACUGUUAGGCUCAACAGUUUUCAAAAACCCUAAUUUCAAUCCGUUUCAAUCUUCUUCACUUUUGCCCAUCCGUGGCAUCUGUUGCUUCUGUUAUGUUAUUUUAACGUUCCUUUAAGCGGUUAUUUUUAUGUUUCUCUUAAUUCAACGGGCAUUUUGUCAUUUUCUAAUUUGGCUGAAUUUCGUGACACAGCUCCUUUGAUAUCCUUACUGGAUUUUAAGCUGUAAAUCCUCGAUGAUGACUAGUCGGGAGUGUUGUACGUACUGCCUGCCAUGGUAAUCGUCACUGGCACUUCCCGUAAGGUGGCGAGGAACCUGUCUACUCGCGAGGUAAGAGAUGGCGAAGAGCGUUAAUCCUGAAGCGUCGGAAGUGGCUUUUUUUUUCAUCCGGGGGGGGGGAGACUCAGCAAAUGUUUAUGCGGGGAGGCUCCGCCACGAGGUCCAACCCCUUACCAUUUUUUUUUUUUUUUUUUAACGAAAAAGUAACCCUUUCACAGACCUUGUUUAGAACUUUGCAUCCCUUUUAACUGCUGUAAAUGCACUGUCUAUUAAAUAGGAGUCAAUCACAAAAAUAGAACCUUUUCUCGACUCAAUAAAGCGAUAAAAUUCAUCUGUUAGCCCUUUUGGGCCCUUUCACAGAUCCAAAUGACAGAUUUCCCUAGUCUUCUAUACACUUCAACGAGUAAAAUCCCUACCAUUCCAUAUACCUAAAGCCUAAAAGAAGGUACGCCUUUCGAGCGGAGCCUCCCCGUAUAGGCCAUUAUAGGGAGUACCCCCCCUCCCCGAGUUUUCUUCACCUUUUCCGGUAGAAGCCGUUUGUAGCCUCGAGGUCGAUCGGCAUUUCGAGCGCGAAGUGCUUCUUGUUCCCGUCGCAUUUGUUCUAGUUGAUGGGACUGCUGAGGAUGGCAUGCAGCUUCCUCUUUAGUUUCUCGGUCUAAUGUAACUUCUACAAUGCAAUAAAUUUUUUCCGACUCUCCUCCGCUAGGAGAAUGGGCAUUGACGGACAUUUGGCUUGGCAGAAGGCGAUAAACCAUACUACGAUAUACUGUAAGCUCUUGCCCUCAUGCAUUUUUUUAAUGCGCAAUGUCCACUUACGAGGACGUAUGACAGUACGCAGAUAGAAACAUCGUACACCGAGAAAGACUGAUGUCUACUGAAGUUAACUAUAAGAAACGAAAAUCAAAGCUAACUGUCACCGCAAUCGGGUAAAUGAUAAAAUCCACCAUGACAAAAUAUUUAUACAGGUAGCCAGCAAUGAUAAGUCUAGGCAUGAUUUAUCUACUAAUUCAAUGUUUUAGCAAAUCUCAAAACAGACCGAUACAUAUGCCGAAAUGCGUGCAAAAUUUUAAAGUUGAAAGUAAAAAGAAUUAUGUCAAAUACAGGUCAUGGCGAUGAGGCUGUCAGAGGUGAAAGACCGAAAAAAUUGUUUGCUUCGGAUCCGUAGCCUGUUCCAUACACGGUGACACAAAUGAAGCCUGAAACGCUCUCCUAGAAGAUGCUUUUGCAGCUUUAUCCGUAUGAGCUCAAAAUUUGCUGGAUAAAAGAUCUUUGUAUUCCAAACAAUCGUAUGUUUGUUCUUUUUAGAUAUGGUCUUUGCAGCCCCGACCUUUCUGAAAUCAGCAUGUUCUUCGCAGCACUCUAUCGACAGUCAAAGACUCGGGGGAUAUUUACCAUGACCUUUUACAACUAGUAAUAGUUCACACUACAGCUGCCCCCGCUCUGUAUAUUGUCGGUCAGUAGCAUUCUUGCUCGUGAUGUAGCCCUUUGAAACAUACCGAUUCAUAAGGAAGAAUUUUCACACAUAUUCCAUACAAUAGGUGAGAUAAAUAAAGGAAACGCAAGGUUCCAUGCACAGUUUCAGCUCGAUUUACACAGCUUUGAUCGAAAUAUUCUCACUUUCGAGAAUAGUUAUAAUUCUAAACCAUAAGAAUAGGUUUAGUUAAAAGUUGAAUUUUUCGCUAUUUCUCUUUCACUUUUUACAUUCAGUUUAUUUUAUUAGCCGGAAAGGAAGCCUUAGAAAUUAAAAGGACGUUUGAUCAAUUCACACUCGCCCAUUCUCGUCUUAUUUUAAACUUUAUAGCGGAAGGACGUCUGUGAGCAGGGAAUAAGUCAGCACAGAAUUUGAUUGUCGGCGAAUUUCUGUAAUCGUCCAUCGUUCUGCUAGUGAUAAGCUAGCCGUUGUUCACUCGUCUUGCUUGUUUGGUGGUGGUGUCUGGCAAGGUUUCGAAUGAAAGAUUUUUGAACUCGUGUCUGGCAAACUCUCCAAGUGUUUACAUAUACACAGUUAUACGCACCUUAUAACUUCUUCUGCGCUUAACGAGUGUCGUCUGGCCAAAAGAAUUGAACAUUGUGAAGGACGUCCGACCCAAUUCAUAAGAUCGACUCCAGUAGCUAGCUUUGUUAUGUCCUGUGUCACUGAAACCCAAGUAUGUUCACUAUCUAAUUAAAUGUUUAAAUGAUCAUAAGUCAUCCCUAAAUUUUCCUAAUAAACUAAUCAAAAUAGCUGCCCAGCCACUGUCAAUACCUUUAAAAUAUAUCUAUAACCAGUCUAUUGAAACUGGAAUUGUUUCUCAUAUUUUAAAAGUCUCACAAAUUCCCCAGUGUAUAAGGGUGGUGAUGCUACAGACCCUAGCAACUCUCUCACCAUUCAGUAAAGUGUUCGAGCGUGUAGUCUAUAAUCAAUUAUGUUCGUUGAUUUCAUAGAUAAACACCAAAUCUUGCACAAAUAUCAUUUUGAAUUUGGGAAAGGAUAUUCCACUGAACAAGCUAUUCUUGAAAUUACUGACAAUCUGAAGCUAGCUACUGAUAAAGGUCAAAUAACAUAUGGUUUAAUUCUUGACCUAUCAAAGGCUUUUGACACAGUAAAUCAUAAAAUACUGCUCUCUAAACUUCAUCUAUAUGGAGUUCGGGGUACAUCACAUAAUUGGUUUGAAACUUAUUUGCACAAUCGCGGGGCGACCACACGGUCUGUGGCUUAAAUUUUGACAAUUCUGGCGGUUUUAUCGCAGUACCUUUGCUAAUAAUUUGUUAUUUUCCAUUGAAGUUUUUGUCCGUGAAAUGUUCAUUGUAAUUAAAAGUCAAGUACGUAACCUUUUAACACCAAGCACUUGUAUUCUCUGGCUUUUCGUUCGUCAAGAAAAUGUCCCGCAAAGUAGCGCGGUGUUAGAAAAGUCCUUCUAGAGGUGUUUCUGGAUAUACAGGCAUCUUAUACAAAUUAUAAGCACUAGAAAGUCACUGAAAUAGUGAUUAACCACAAGAAUAACUUAGAACCUUCUCUCCGCAGCCUUAUCAUGCAGUGACUUAAAGAACGGCGACCCUACAGCAUCAAGUGGAAAUUACGUCAUUGAUCCAGAUGGCGAGGGAGGCCUGGUGCCAUUCACAGUAUACUGUGACAUGACUGACAAGAAUGGAGUUGGAGUGACAGUUAUCAGUCACGACAGUGAGAGCAGGACACAUGUGAAAGGAUGUGAAAGGGCAGGAUGCUACUCACGCAACAUUCAUUACACUGGAGCGAGUCUGCUUCAUCUGGCCAGUCUUACCAGUGUCUCCUCAUACUGCGCGCAGUUUAUCAAGUAUGAGUGUUAUAGAUCAAAGUUACUGAGAACUGGACAAGGAUGGUGGGUGUCACGUGAUUAUUCUAAGAUGACAUACUGGGGAGGAGCAUUACCUGGCAGUGGUAAGUGCGCAUGCGGGAUGAACAACACGUGUGCAGACCCCAAAUAUGGCUGUAACUGUGAUGCUAAUGACAAAGCACGGCGUGAAGACAGCGGUCUUCUCACUGACAAGACAAAGCUUCCAGUAACACAGCUCUUUUUUGGUGAUAAUGGUGGUGAUAAGGAGCACGGCAACCACACCCUGGGAAAAUUCAAGUGUUAUGGUACAGCAUAA